GUGAAUAUUGAUCAAAAGUAUUUUGGCUCUGAGCAAAUUAAAAGCAAGGGAAUAUUUUUUUAUUCAUAAAAAAUGAAUAAUUGCUACAACUCCACAGCUUGUGCUGUGACAAGUGUUGGAACGGCCAGUCAAUUAUUCACUACAUUAGUUCAAACGAUAUUGGUAGCUCAGUGUGGUCUAUCAGACCAAUGGCCACAAGAUUACGGAGAAAAUGCCUUGAAAAAUGGUUUGAAUGAAGAGUACGAUUUUAUCGUUGUUGGAGCAGGAGCUGCAGGUGCUAUAGUUGCAAAUCGUUUAAGCGAGAUAGAAGAUUGGAAGGUUUUGUUACUAGAGGCUGGCGGUGAUCCUCCAGUGGAAUCUAUUGCGCCCGCUUUGAGUUUUUCCAUGCUGAAAACACCGGUUGCCUGGCAGUUUUAUGCAAAUUCAACAUCAGCUUGUAAAUUAGGUAACGGUGAAGGUUGUUAUAUGCCACGCGGUAAAAUGUUAGGCGGCAGUUCAUCGAUCAAUUUGAUGUUUUACGUUCGGGGGUGUCAAAAUGAUUACAAUGAAAUUGCAUCGCUUGGGAAUCCGGGUUGGGAUUUUGAAAGUGUUUUACCAUAUUUUAAAAAAAGUGAAGGAAAUCAAGAUCCAUCACUUCUUGCCUAUCAAAAUGGAAAAUAUCACAAUGCAGAUGGGCCAAUGAAAGUUACAACUGGUCAAUUAAACGAAGCAGAUAAAGUUAUUUUUGAUAAAAUUAAACAAACUGGUGCUGAGAUUAUUCCGGAAGUAAACGCUGAUAAAUCGCUUGGAUACACGAUAGUACAGUCAACUACUUCGAAUGGUAUUCGAAGCAGUACAGCACAAGCAUUUUUGGCUCCAGCUCGGAAUCGUACCAAUUUACAUGUUAUAAGAAAUGCAUUUGUGAAUAAAAUCGUACUGAAUGAGAACAACCAAGCAACUGGCGUUGAAUUUACCCUCAAGGAAAAUCAUAAGCUACAAGCUAAAACGAAAAAAGAAGUUAUAGUAUCGGCCAGUUCGAUCCAGAGUUCCACAUUGUUGAUGCGAUCAGGUGUUGGCCCAAAGGAACAUUUGCAAGAACAUAACAUAUCGUGUAAAGCGGAUUUACCAGUAGGCGAAGGAUUAAUGGAACACGUUGUAUUGGCUAUGCUCUUCAAAUCCAAUUUUUCGGUAAAUUCAUCACCAUCAAUAUCAUCACUUGAAAGCUAUUACCAAUAUUUAGAGAGCCAAAGCGGAAUGUAUGCGCUGCCUCUUACAGCCAUGGGACACUGGGCGAAUUUCGCCAAUGAAACUGGAUGGCCAACUACUUUCUCGAUCAUGCUGACUUUUCCCCGUGGAACACCAGAUGAUGCCAUUAUUCAAUUAAGUUAUUUCACCAAUUUAGAAAAAAUAAAUGAUAUCUUUAUAAAUGAAUUGAAAGAUAAUCACGUAACAUUAGUUGCAAUACAAUUGGUAAAACCGAAGUCACGUGGCUUUGUUAAAUUGAACACAACUUCAUCAGAAGGUUCAAGCGAAACGGCAGCUAUUUAUGCAAAUCUAUUAGAUGAACCAAGUGAUAGGGCCGCAUUAGUGCGUGCAGCAAGGCACUAUCUAAAGUUAUGGAAAUCAGAUGCAUUCCAAGAUAUUCAACCAGAAUUUAUUCAUAUUCCGAUUGAAGAAUGUGAUGCACUAGAAUUUGAUUCAGAUAUUUAUUGGGAUUGUUACGUACAAUACAUGUCCUUCCCGCCAUAUCACCAAAUGGGUACAAGUAAAAUGGGCGUUGAUGCACACUCAGUAGUUGAUCCACGUUUGAAAGUUUACAACACGACUGGAUUGAGACAAAUCGAUUUGGGAAUUUUACCAGUUGCAAUAAGUACAAACACAUACGCAGUUUCUAUGAUGGUGGGUGAGAAAGGUGCGCAUAUGGUCAAGGAAGAUUAUAAUAAAUAAACGGUACAAUCAAUGAGAAAAAUUGAAAUACAAGCAAGAGAACGGCAAAGUACAUUCACACAAAGCUGAACGAAAAUUUGUCUCACUGCUAUUUUUUUUUUGUUAGGAACAAAAAUAAAUGAUUGAAAAU